AUGCGCAUUUCGGACAGCCGCCGCACGGCGCCCAGCCCGUCGCUCUGCGCGCGACUCGUGUGCGCGCCGCUCCCCUCGCGGCGCUGCCUGCUGCUGGGCGCGCUCGUCCUCCAGCUUCUCGGCCUCGCGCUCCUCCUGCCCCGCCUGCCUCCCAUCCCCCGCCACGCGCUUUCAGCAAACCCCCUUCCGCGGAAUUUCCUUCCCCGCAGCGUUCUAAAACGUAAUUCUCUCCCGCGAGAUUUUCGCGGAAAGCGUGCGGAGCGGGAGGAGGCGGAGGGCCUGGAGGAGGACGGGGCAUGGCGGCUGUACCAGCAGUGGCGGGGGGACCUGAUGGGCGCGGGCACAGGGGGGGUAACGGGGAGAGCGGGGGAUAGGGAACAGGAAGCGGAUGGGGAACGAAAGAAGGACGCAGAGCAGCAGCAGCAGCAGGGGGGGGAGUGGGAGCGGUGUGGGGGCGUGGGGGAUGCAGCGAGUAUGCGCAGUGCGGCAGGGAUGAUGGCGGAUGACGGGCCACGCCACGCCAUGCCCCCGCAAAUGAAACCUGGCAACACGGCAGGCGGUGCAGCUGGGAGUGGUGGGGUGCGAUACCUGAUGGUGGAAGUGAAUGGGGGACUGAACCAGCAACGCACAGCGCAUGGCGGAGCAGAGCACCUGUGGCGCAAGUGCCUCCGUGCUGUCACACCUGCUCGCAUCGCAAUGGCCUCUUACGCGCAUCAGCAGAGAGAGCAAAGGGUUGGGAGGUCGCAGCAGUGCGGCAAGGCCAACAAUUCCACUACUCUUUGCACUGCGCGCUGCAUCCUCUCCGCUGCGCCCUCUCUUGUAUUGCCUCCCCCGCCCCGCACUCCACGUCAUACCGCUGCUAGUGGCCCAAGUCUGCCCAUGUGCUGGGGGCAGCAGCUUCAUUGGGGCGGCACGAUGGUGCUGCUGUGCGCAGCAGCUGCUGGGCGUGUGGUGCUGCACAUGACAGAUGCGUUGGGGGCGUUGGUGAACCAGGGACGAGGGGAUGAGGGGGACAGGGGCGUGCUGUGCCGAAUGCUGGCCACCGCACCGCCCUCCUGCACUGGAUCUCUUGGGGUGGGCCCAGCAGUUGCAGGGCUCUUAGGCCUCUUGCCGUCCCUGCCGGACGCCCUGGUGCAUGGGAGUGUGUGA